AUGUACUCGACGUCUUCGGCCUUUUUUGAGUCGUUGGCUCAGGCCGGUGUCAGCUAUGUAUUCGUGAACCUUGGUUCGGAUCACCCCGCCAUCAUGGAGGCGCUCGCCGCCGAAACGAGACGAGCCGGUGGCGGGGCCAGCAAAUUUCCCAAGGUCAUCACAUGUCCUCACGAGAUGGUUGCCAUGUCCAUGGCGGACGGCUUUGCUCGUCUUACGGGUAAGCCGCAGUGCGUGCUUGUCCACGUAGAUGUCGGCACCCAGAUGCUAGGCUGUGCGAUGCACAACUCAUCCGUCGCUCGCUCGCCUGUUCUUGUGUUUGCUGGCCUAUCGCCAUACACUUUGGAGGGAGAGCUUCGAGGUUCAAGGACGGAGUACAUCCAUUGGCUUCAGGAUGUGCCCGACCAAAAGCAGAUUGUCGCCCAAUAUUGUCGCUAUACCGGCGAGAUCAAGACUGGAAAGAAUGUCAAGCAGCUAGUCAAUCGGGCGCUGCAGAUGGCAACCAGUGAUCCCAAGGGACCCUCCUAUCUUGUUGGGGCUCGGGAAGCCAUGGAAGAGGAUAUCGAGCCCUACGAUCUGGAUCAGUCAGUCUGGCAUGGCAUUGCGCCCGCAGCAUUGCCCCAGGAUGGGGUCGAAAGAAUCGUGUCGCUCCUCGCUGACGCUAAGCAACCGUUGAUCAUUGUCGGAUAUAGCGGUCGCAACCACGAGACUGUGCCCGAGCUGGUCAAACUUGUUGAGUCGAUUCCUGGAGUCCGGGUACUCGACGCGCUUGGCAGCGACGUAUGCUUUCCCUGGAGCCAUCGAUCGUACAUUGGUGUACGCAUUGGCAAGCAUGCCGCCAUCAGCAAUGCUGAUGCUAUUGUCGUCCUCGACUGCGAUGUGCCUUGGAUCCCAACCCAGUGCAAACUCAGUCCAGGGGUUCAGAUUAUCCAGAUCGACGUUGACCCUCUCAAGCAAAACAUCCCCCUCCACUAUAUCCCAGCAGCAUACAGAUAUCGAGCUGAUGCCGGGACGGCACUGCGACAGCUCAAUGGCUUCAUCCAGUCAUCGAGCAAGUAUUCUCAAUUGGCCAGCCAGGAGCCGUAUGCUUCCCGCUGGCGCGAUCUGCAAGGCGUUCGAGAGCAAGAGAUUCUUGCGGCCGACAAGCUUGCAUCUGCUCCGGCAGACGAGCUUUCCCCGCCUACUACCUCGUACCUGUGUUCGGAGCUAAGAAAGGCAUGCCCGGAGGAUACAAUUUGGUGUAUUGAGGCUGUUACCAACGCCAUGUUUGUCUAUGACCAGAUCCGGGUUGACCAACCUGGCAAUCUCGUCAAUGGCGGCGGUGGCGGCCUUGGCUGGUCUGGGGGCGGUACCCUUGGAGUGAAAUUGGCGUCAGAUUGGCUUGCCGGUGGAGCAGGGAAAGGGAAGUUUGUAACCGAGAUCGUCGGCGAUGGCACAUACCUUUUCGGUGUGCCCGGCACCGUCUACUGGAUCGCGAGGAGAUACCGCCUGCCAACCCUCACGGUGGUCCUUAGCAACAAAGGUUGGAACGCGCCCAGAAACUCGCUUGAGCUGGUGCACCCGACUGGGCAUGGAUCUCAGGUGUCAAACGAAGAGCUGAACAUAUCCUUCUCGCCCACGCCAGACUUCUCGGGAAUUGCUCGUGCGGCUUCAGGCAACGACGCCUUCGCAGCUGUGGUUCGAUCAGUUAAGGACCUACAAAGAAUCCUGCCGGAAGCUGUUGCUGUAGUUAAGAGCGGAAGGUCCGCUAUCAUUGAAGCUAGGAUACAGGGUUCUUGGAAGGGAGAUGAGGCUUGA